UUAAAUUCAGUCAGUCAUGAGAGAGCCCAUGCUAUACUCCCAUCUUUUUACAGGUUAGAAUUACUAUAUACAUAGACCUUAUUACUGCUGGUUGCAAAUGGGACUAAAACAUUUGUCUACUGUACAUAGGCCUAUUUUUUCCUUUUUUUGCCAGACCAAGAAUCAUAUAUUUAUUCUUGACUGAAUCACAGACAGAUGAAUAUUUUGCAGGCUAUGAGUCAUCCUUUUGAGUGAAAUCUAAUGAGAAAUGUGAUGCAGGGUAAAGCUGGAUCAUUGCCAUGACAACCACAUGAAUUUUGUAAUUUCACAUAUACUUUUCACCAAAUUUUGAUAUACAAAAUCCAGAUUUUGCAAUCAUAAAAAAAAAUUAUAACCAUAUAUAUAAAAAGGCCAGCAUGAUAUAACAUGGUUACUGCUGCACAGGUGCUUUUUUGUAUUGACCAGGAAUGGCAGACAGAUACUUUAAAAUGCUAUGAGCAGCCUAAAUGAUAUUAAUAUUGAUCGUAGAUGUCUGCAUGUUGAUUAGUCUAGCUUUAGUAGGGUGUGCGGUCUCCGUCUUAGCAGUGUGCAAAUGUUAGAGGACUGAACACUACAGCUUUUAGUUUUCUUCUGAGAUUAGGAGCUACUGUGUACAAUUGCAAUCAUAUGGAGAACUAACUGAUAUAGUGGAAGGAUUCUAAGUAGAGUUGGCAUCUUGGUUUUUGGAAUGCAGAUCUUGUCUGAAGUGAGUUCCUGGUGCCUUUGAUUCAACACAAUUCUACACAAUGGCUCAAGUAUGCAAAUGGCUGGGUGUUUUCCUCUGUUUAAGAGAGAACCCCAAAAGAGACCCAAGAUGUGCGGAAGUCAGUAUGUACGAGGCUAUAAUUGUUUGGAAAGAAACCCCAAAGGAAAGUGCAGGUGGAGUGGCUUAUGAGGUUAUCUUGAAGCCAGCCACUGCAGAUAAUGUCCCUACAAGACCAGCCUCUCCACCCAAGGAGAUCACCCACGAUCACAUUGUGAAAAAGCUGAAGCAGGCAGAAGAGAGACGACAGUCCCUGGAAGCCCAGAAGUUAGAAAAACUUGCUCAAGACCGUGCCAGGGCCCAGGAGGUAGUUGCCAAAGCACAAGAAGAAGAGGAAGCUUUUGCAAAGGCGGCAAAGGAGAAACUAGAACAGGAUCUGCUGGCCAAGGAGCAAAACAGAGAAGCGCAGAUUAAAUCUCUACAGACCAAGCUCAAAGAACAUGAGAAGAAAGUGCAGGAAGUACGUACCGCCAGUGAAACUGCAGCUCGUGAACUCCAAGAAAGAAUUGCACAGAAGCUUGAAGAAGCAGAGGAAAAGCGUCAGAGUCAGCUGACUGAAUUGCUGGAACGUCUGAAGGAACAUGAGAAGCACAUUGAUGAGGUCCGUCAAACCAGCAGCAGCUUUAGCAAGUGCACACAGGAGAAAAUGAUCCAAAAGAUGGAAACCACGCUGAAGAACAGAGAAGACCAACUGAACCAGAUGAUUGAAAGACUUCGGGAGCAUGAGCGUCACGCAGAAGAAGUACGCAACAAGAAGAAACCAAUCAGCCCAACUGAGGGAGAUAAGGAGAACAUGCAAAUAAAUGUUCAGUAAAGCAGGACCUGUGCACAAGAAAUUCCCAUGUACAUAUGCCACAAAGACAUUGUGCUGAUCAUCAUGCAUGCAAUGAUCAACUUUCAACAAUGCCUGUAGAAACCUAUCACAAGUGAAAUGCAACUGAUGCUGUGGAGUGAAGGUGUGCUAGAUGUCCUUUUUCUUCUUUUUUUUGUCUCAAUUUAUGACAAACCUGUUACCAAAUAAUGGUGUCAAGUUCUAAUUGUUGUUAUAGGUACCACAUGAUGUUUUUGAAGCAUAAAGGAUUUGACUUGGUUGAUGACUGAUAUUAUCUAGUUUUCUUCAACUUUACCUUGUAGACUUCUAUAUUGUCACUUAGCAUUUUGACUAAAAAGGGCAAGAUGGCGAACUGUGUUCUUUCUUUUUGUCAUUUUGGCAGUAGUAGGACUAAAACUUGGGUAAUCUAUGUGGAAUUUCAUACGUACAGAGCCUGUGUGCAGAGCCCUUGAUGUAAAAUAUUGUGUGCUACUUCUUGAAAUAUUGAAUAGUUUUAGUAUUAAAGUGGCUUAAAAUAUUGUGAUUUGUUUUACAAUUUCCAAUAAUUUGACCUAAAACCAACUGUGCAUGAGUGGUAUAUAUGCAGUGUAUUUUCAUAUCCAAGGUUUGUGUUGAUAGCCUUAUCUUGUCAGUAAGAAGUGUGACUGUGACUAAUACUCAAAUCUGCUCUAAGUGUGCCAAAAUUUGCAUGAAAGUGAAUUAUAUCACUCUGUCAAUUUGCAGUGUAUAUUUGUACAGCAUUGUUUUUUUUUUACUUUUACCAUUUGCUCAUAUAAAUUAAUCUCUUAAAGCUUUUGUCUAUGUAACAUAAGACAUAGCAGUGUUCUUUGGAAAAUAAUCUUAUAAUCAAUUUUUGAAGUUAAACUCAAUUACUGUAGGCUAAGAAAAAUAUGUAGGUCUGCCAGCUGAUAUAUCUUAAUAUACAUAAUAGCUUCCCAUGUUCACACAGGUAAAAUAAAAGUAUUCGCUAUAAAGUCUUUAUUUAUUUUGUACAAUUUUGCUUUUUGAGUUUUUACUUUUUUCAUAUUUUCAUAUUUUGAAUUUACACAGUAAAACAGCUAAGGCUUCCUUGUGUCACUGGUAUUGUAGUUUGUAGGUAGUUACAAUCUUAGGUUAUUGUUGCAUUCAUGUGCACAUAUGUAUGGCUGUAAUAAAACACAUUUGUCUUGGA